AUGGCGGAUGCAAAGCCUUCCAUCGAAUAUCUCAAGGAUCGCGUGUUAAACUGCGACUUUUGCGCUUUCCCACAUGAACGAGGCGAUGACAUGAAGACGUUAUGCGCAGCACCAUACAUGAACAAGACUGAUUUCGUUAUCGAGGGAUAUGGAUCUGUGCCUGUGAUCAAUGGUGAUCCAAAGUGGUUGCCUAUAAGAGUUCGAGCGUUUCUCGGAUAUCACGCAAAACUGAUGCGUCCAGCGGCAAUACACAUUUGUAAUGGUUCCUUCAGUGAAGCUGAAUAUCUCACUGCGACUCUGGAACAAAUGGGAGUGCUGGAGAAGCUUAUCGGACGUGAAAACGUUUUCGUAGCUCGAACUGAUCCUCAGGAUGCCCAAGAAAGACCAGUUUAUAUAAGCUCUAUAAGGUUAGAAGAAAUAGAAACCAGAAGGCAACCGAAAUCCUCGCAUGCAUUUGCUCGUUGGAUGUCACCGGCACAGUUUAACACUGAGGCGUAUUCACGCUUUCCUGGGUGCAUGCAAGGAAGGGUGAUGGUGUCAUCUUCGGUAUGGGAUGCUAUUGGACAGGCUGACUUUGUGAAAUGUAUCCAUUCGAUCGGAAGGCCUCGUCCGAUAACAACGGCUCCCAAAUGUGGUGUAAGCUGA